UUUGUUUUUGUUGUCACACCGGAAGCAGACUUGUGGCUGAUCAAGUUGCCUUUCUUAUUUAUAGCACGUGUAACGCUUUCGUCUUGCUUAGAUAAUGUUGAAUUAACCGACUAAAUUCAGUACAAAUUUAAUCUGUACUGAACUGCGCUGUCGCAGUGUUUACAAAUGCGUCGCUCGAUGGGUGCGUAGAAGCUCACUAACCAGGGCGAGUCACACGCAGACCGUCCUGCAUUUUGUUAAACAUAUUUAAAUGCAUUAUUAUUCUGAAAUUAUUGGGGUACAACUUUGCAAUAAUACAACUGACACCAGGUCAGUGAGUGCAUCUCAUUGUGUUACUUCUUUACCAGUAAAGGUGGAUGAGGAGCACUCUGGCACUCUUUUUUUAAAUGUCUGUAGUCACUUCAGGUGCGAUGACCUCGUACAUGUAGCGAUGAAUGAGGUGUUUGAAGUUGGCAGCAUCACAGUCUAUUCAGAGCAUUCUAAGGUGAAUGAGUCACAUGGAGGCAGAGUGUCGUCGUCGUUGUGCCAGUGUCACACCAGCAGUUCUGGCUCAGGAAGCUCUCACCGCUGUUUUGUGUUUUGCCAGGUUAUAAUGAGGCGCAUGCAGCUGUUUCGCUGGAGCAAAGAGGCUGUAGUUGAUGAAAGAGUGGUGCACAACGUGGGCAAACUGUGACACCGGCGAGCACUGACCGGACGAACGCAGAACAUGUGAUUAUAGCAUAAAGCAAGACCUGUCAUCCAUGGCUCCAUUGUGGUCCAAAAUCUCUGCCGUCCUGCCUCCUAACGAGGAAGACUUUCCCCUGCAGUUCGGUGACAAAGUGUGUCCCAGCGUGGUGGACAUGUUGAAGCGCUCCAGGCGUCAGCUGUACAGUGAUGCCACGGGUGCCGAGCGCCUGCUCUACGCUCAGAUCAUCCUGGACGUCUCGUGGGAGAAGCUCAACACGGGCACGUGGCGCCACGUGGACAAGGAGUGGAGACGGGUGUAUUCUUACGGCUGCCUGUUCAAAGCGGCCGCGCUGUGUCAUUCAGAUCCAUCUAGUGAUGAGAUCCUGCAGGCCGUGAGGGCCUGCGACAUGGGCUUGCUCAUGGGCGCAGCCAUUAUGGACAAUAUACUGCAGGUGAUUGUUGGAAUUCUGCAGCUUGAAGUCAAGAAACCUUCUGAAGAAGAUGACGAAACCGAAGUGAAAAGAAUCAAGGUGGACGACUCACAUACUCCUGUGAUCAGGGACGAGUUGGCGGUUCCAAGGGUAAGAUGUCCGUCACUGGAGAGCUUCAACACAAACUACCUGCUCCCCCUCAAACCGGUGAUUCUGGAGGGGAUCAUUGACCACUGGCCCGCUCUCAACAAGCACUCCUGGAGCAUAGAAUACCUGAGAUGUGUGUCUGGCUGCCGGACUGUUCCCGUGGAGGUGGGAUCCAGGUACACGGAUGAGUCAUGGUCGCAGUCUCUGCUUACGGUCAAUGAAUUCAUUGAUCGAUACAUUUUGAAUAAAGAUGGAGUGAAAGAUUUGGGUUAUCUGGCUCAGCAUCAGCUGUUUGAUCAGAUACCAGAACUGAAGGAAGACAUCUGCCUCCCUGAUUAUUGCUGCCUUGGUGAAGGAGACGAAGAUGACAUUACUGUAAAUGCAUGGUUUGGUCCUGGAGGAACAGUAUCGCCUCUCCACCAAGACCCUCAACAGAACUUUCUGGCUCAGGUCGUGGGAAGCAAAUACAUUCGCCUAUAUUCCCCGAAGGACGCAGACAAGCUGUACCCUCAUCAAUCACAGCUGCUUCACAAUACCAGUCAGGUGGAGGUGGAGAAUCCAGACACGGAGCGGUUCCCGGAGUUUGCCAAGGCGCCCUAUCUCGAAUGUGUGUUGCAGCCCGGAGACGUGCUGUUUAUUCCUGUUCAGCACUGGCAUUAUGUCAGGUCCUUGGAACUCAGCUUCUCCGUCAGCUUCUGGUGGACAUGACGCCGCAUGUAGAAUAAAGAUAAUUAUUUUUCUAGUCAAA